UCUCUCUAGCGAAACAAUGCGCCAUUAUUCCGACGCAAAACAAUGUUUAUUACGUGCCUUUCUUUUGUUUUAUUGUAAGUAUCGUUGCGGCUCUUGUUUACCGUCCCGUUAUUGUACCGGAUGUUCUUUUCAAGACUGCGUCAGUUAGUGUUAACUUGACUUUCUUACAGAACAAGGGGAAAACAAGAGUGAUGUUGGACGACGGACUACUCCUUCGACUGGAGAAGAUGUUGCAAGCAGAAUUCCAGGGUUCUUUCUGCAAAAAGCUGAGAAAGCCAAAAUUCGAAGAUUUGGAUCGAACUAUGGCACAAUGGAUUCGGACACAACAUCUGCACAAUGUGCCCAUCACCGGUCCCAUUUUAAAGUCGACAGCUAAAAAAUUCGCUAAACAGCUUGGUAUUACAGACUUUAAAGCUUCAGAAGGAUGGCUGGGAAAGUUCAAGCAUUGUCACGAGAUUCACAAUGGCCAAACGAGUGUAAAAGCUCCAAGUGUCAAUAAAGAAAUAACUCUGGAAGUAGUAAAAAAAGAAGAGGUAGAACAACACGACCACAUACGGGAGGACCAACAACCUUUGGAGUCAGCAGUGCCCACCAUUCAAGAAGCUUUAGACGCGGCGAAAUCGCUAGAAAAAUUCUUUCUACAUCACGAAGAUGAUCCCAGCGGGCUUUAAGACGUAUCAAGAGUGCUUGGUAGAGUACAAACUAUAUAUUGGCAUAACAAAAGGAUGCCUAAAAGUAUUGGCUAGCAAAAUUUAUAACUCGAAUGAGGGAAAAAUUUACAUAGGAACU